GACUAUUCUCAAAAUAACAACAAGCAUAGAUAAUAAUAAAUGACACCGAGGAUUUACGUGGUAUACCCUGAUUUUGGGCCAGUCCACGGGAACAACAGCUCCGGAGUAUUUCUUUACUAUAACAAUGGUAGGUUACAGAGAUUUUCUCGAUACAAGAAAUAGAACACACGGUGUUUCCCAAACAACCUCACUAUUUCACUCACAAAGAAAUCUC